ACAAGAGGCCUCAUGAAGUUCCUACCCUCGUCGUCCUCCGCGUUACCAGUCGAGUUCGCCGCCUUGUCGUUAUCCGAACAAGAUACGGAUACAAGUGCGAGCAGCACAGAGCUUGCUGACUUUGGAAGGAGAAGAACAGCGGAGUCAUCCGUCUUGCCAGCCUCUUCUGACAGCCUUGGGGAUUCAAGCCAUGCUCUGCAGGCUGAGCGAGGCGAGCACAGGCCGGAUUCCACGACCCUGACGUCUUCAACAUCCUCUCCGAUUUCUCAUGACGUGCCCGGAACGAGUUUUGAGACGCUUCAAAACACGCCGAAUCGUCAAGCAGUGGUUAAAACGCCUGGCGAAAGCAGCGAGGUCAGCAUGCUGGACGGGGCUCUAGGCGAAGCGGCACAAGCCGCAGCAGCAGUCGCUGGCGCGGAAGCAGCAGCCUCGGCAGUGAUUGGUGCGGUUGGAGCGGGCGGGGGAGGAGCGGGAAGGGAGGAACUGGUGGGGGAUGAAUUUGUACGAGGAGAAAAGGCGCGUUCUGGAAUCGGAGCAGACUCUCCAGUCAUCUCCACGCUGACUGUAGCAGCUUCUAAUACGGAGCGUCUCACGUCACCUUCUUCAGCUUCCUUCUCGUUCCCUUCUCCUUCCUCCUCCUCCUCCUCCUCCUCUUCCUCCCCGUCUUCGCUUCUCCUGUCGUCCUCGAUUGCCGCCGUGUGGACGUCAGGGUUCAACGCGUCUGGGUCGCACGCUCCGCGACGGACGUCGGAGAAGCUCCUGUGGAGGAGUCCUACAGUGGAGCACAUUGAACAGUGCAUCGCACGCUCCAAGACACAUAAAGUUCCUGCCAAGUCAGCAACGAAUGGCUACCUUUUGGUGACCGCGAAUGGGGGUCUGAACCAAAUGCGAGCAGCGAUCUGCGACAUGGUGGCAGUGGCUCGCAUCAUGAACGCCACCCUUGUGGUGCCGGAGCUGGACCACACCUCCUUCUGGUCCGACCCCAGCGAGUUCGAGGACAUUUUCGACCUGGAGCACUUCGUGGCCACGCUCAAGGACGACAUCCGCGUGGUGAGGGAGCUGCCCCACAGAGUCGCCCACCGCCGCGUGCUCGAGAAGUUCCCCAUCUCCUGGUCGCCGUUCUCCUACUAUCGUGAGGACCUGCUUCUGCGUCUGAAGAAGCACCGGGUGAUGCGCUUCCCCCUGACGGACUCGCGGCUGGCCAACAACGGCAUGCCCGAGUCCAUCCAGCGGCUGCGCUGCCGAGCCAACUACCGCGCCCUCCGCUAUACGGAUACCAUCUCCCGUGUCGCUGGGAACCUGGUCGCCCGCUUGCGGAAGCUCGGACCGUACAUCGCGCUGCACCUCAGAUAUGAGAAGGAUAUGCUGGCCUUCACAGGGUGCGACCACGGGCUGAGCCGGUGGGAGAGUGGGGAGCUGAGGGCGAUGCGGCUGAACAACUCGCGGUGGAAGGAGAAGGACAUCGACGGGGAGGCGCGGCGCAAGGAGGGCGCGUGCCCCCUCACUCCCAAGGAGACUGCUCUGUUCCUGCACGCCAUGGGGUUUCCUAAGAAGACGUUGAUCUAUAUUGCUGCUGGGGAUAUCUACGGCUCUAAAGGCCUUACGGAGCUGACGCGCUACUACCCCAACACGUUCACUCACUCAACUCUGGCGACCCCGGAGGAGCUGGCGGCGCUGGGGGGGUAUCAGAACAGGCUGGCAGCAGUGGACUACACAGUGGCCGUGGAGAGUGACGUGUUUGCAUACACGUAUGAGGGCAACAUGGCUCGCGCCGUGCAGGGGCACCGGCGGUUCGAAGGGCAUCGAAAGACGAUAAUUCCUGACAGGGAGGCGGUUGUUCGGUUGCUGGACCAGUUAAAGGCGGGCGAGAUGAGCUGGAACGCGGUGCGGAAGGAGAUUCGGAAGCAGCACAAGGGGCGCGUGGGGGGUCCGCACCAGCGAGAGGCCGGGGAGAACCCAAAGCUGGAGGAGAAUUUCUACGCGAACCCGAUGCCGGGAUGCAUGUGCGAGAUGGAGAGGCCGGAUGGAGGGCGGGCAGAGGAGGUGUAG